AUGUCGUUGACCUUCAAGCUUGCCUCUCUGGUCAUUCGUACUGUUGCAAAGCCCAUAGGCGCANNGAAUCGCAUCAAGCAGUCCGCCAGAGAACAUGACACCUUCCGUCGAUACUGCGUGGGCUUUGCCCAGGGCCUCCAUCGGGUAGACAUGCGCAUGCGAUUGGGGAUCCUACACGACGCUGCCGCUCAGGAACGCAUGCACGCUCGAGAAGCUGCAGAGGCCGCUGCCAAAAAGAGACAGACCGAGACACCAACCGUCAAGACAGAAACCCAACAACAAGCAGACGACGCAGCUGCAGCAGACCUCAAAGAGAAGAAGGCAGAAGCUCCGUCAAAACCCAGGAUCCGCCCGCUUUCCGAAUCCAGAGCCAUCGAACUAGGCGCCAACUUCCUCUCAGAAUCUUUCAUCUUCGCUGUGGCAGUCGGCCUGCUUGUCUGGGACCAAUGGCGCACGAGGAGGAAGGAGAGCACUCGAAGGGAGGGUGUAGAAGACCGAUUGGAUGCCUUGGAAGACCACACUCGCCAAAUCAUCGAUCUCAAAUCAGAGGUGGAACGACUGAAAACAAAAUACGAACCACUACCAAGUCCUGGAGAAGGCAGUAUGGACGACGAGAAGACGGACGAAUCUACUGCAAGUUUGACGACUCAAGAUCCUGCGACACAAAAGGCAGAACUUUCCAAAUCCAUAAGAAGCCUAGACAACGAAGAGAAAGCAGAAACCACCUCGCCGGCGGAGCAAAGCCAAUGA